CCUCUGCCUCUGGACCCAGAAGGCCGAGAAAGAGCCGCGGGUCCACAACCCUGAGCGCCUGCCAUGGGCCCGCGCCGACAGAUCCGUAAGCCCGAAGCCCCAAGGAGGCGCACCGCAAGCCCGGCUCCCGCCGCCGCCCGGCCGGGCCCAUACUUAGGCACUUCCUCCCGUCAACUUGCUCGCCGGAGACAUUGGGUUCUGAAGGAGAUUCGAACUCUUGAGAAGAGCACACACCUGUUGUUAAGGAAGACCCCCUUCUGCCGCCUGGCAAGAGAAAUAUGUGUUAAAUUCACUCAUGGUGUGGACUUCAAUUGGCAAGCUCAGGCCAUGCUGGCCCUACAAGAGGCAGCAGAAGCGUUUCUAGUUCAUCUCUUUGAGGAUGCCCAUCUCCUCUCCUUACAUGCCAGCCGCGUCCUUCUCUUCCCAAAGGAUGUGCCGCUGGCCAGGAGGAUCCGAGGCAUUCAGGAAGGGCUCGGCUGAGCUCCUGCCGCCCGUGACUCUGGAUGAUACCCGGGAAUCUGCCCGUAACCAGGACCAGAUCCUGUACAAGGUGCUGCCUGGACUUGCUGUCUCUGAGCAGAGUGUGCGUGUUGCUUUUGUAAUUAGGUUUUUUUAAGAAGAAGACUGCAUGGCUUUCCUCUGUAACAGAAGUAGUAUAUGACAGAGUCAACACACUCUGAAAGUCCUGAGAAUAAUUUUCAGAUGAGGAGCCUCCAAGUUUGACUUCACUUUGCAAAUUAUUCAUACGACUGAUGAUUUGGAAGACAUUUCCAAAUCAUUUCCACCAGCAAUAAAUGAGAGUUCCUGUUGUUCCACAUCUUUGCCAGCAUUUGGAUUUUGGCCCUUCUGGUAAGUGUGUAGUGAUAUCUCAUUGUUGUUUUAAUUUACAUUUCCCUGAUGACAUAUGAUGUGGACCAUCUUUUCUAGAUCUGUACCAUUUAAAUUUUUUACCAUAUGUAUAUUUACUUUUAUUUAAAACAUAAGGGAAAA